AGCCAUGGCCAGGGGCGCUGGCGACGGGCCGCGGCCGGGCCUGCUGCUCCUGCUGGGCCUGCUGCUGCUGGUGGCCGGGCCGGGCGCGUGGUCGGCGCGGAGCCGCGGCGGCGCCGACAAGCAGAACAGCCUCCGGCGGGCGGCCAACGGCGUCUACCAGGGCGUCAGCGGCCUCUUCGGCGAGGAGAACGUGCGCGCCCUGCAGAAGUUCUUCUCCAGACUGACGGAGCGAUUCGUGUAUGGUGUGGAUGUUCUGGUAGAUACCUUCUGGAGAAUAUGGACAGACCUGCUGGACGUUCUUGGGAUUGACGCCUCCAACCUGACCCACUACUUCAGCCCCGGAGCCAUCGCCAACAACCCCACGCGGGCCCUCCUGCUGAUUGGCGCCAUCUUGCUGGCCUACUGGUUCGUCUCGCUCUUCCUCGGGUUCUUCUUCUACCUGCUGCACGUGCUGUGCGGCCGCUUCUUCUGGCUCGUGCGGGUCGCCCUCUUCGCCCUCUCCUGCGUGUACAUCCUCCAGAAGUACGAGGGGGAGCCGGAGCACGCCCUCCUGCCCCUGUGCUUUGUGGUGGCGGUCUACUUCAUGACGGGGCCGGUGGGCUUCUACUGGAGGCGGAGCAGCCACAGCACCCUCGAGGAGAAGAUCGACCACCUGGACAGUCAGAUCAGGCUCCUGAACAUCCGCCUCUCGAGGGUGAUCGAGAACAUGGACAGAGGCGGCGACCAGUGAAGCGGGCGGUCCGGCUCCACUUUCACACCAGCUCUCUAGGAAGUGGCUAAGCACUGUCUGUCUGUCUGUCUCUCUCGUUCGUGGAGACGUUACGAAGUGACGAGCUGACACCGGGGUAAAACCACGUGCAAACAUUAAGAUGUUAUAUGUUAGGAGUAGUUUAUACACUGGAAGAAAUGCGACAAAAAGAAAAUUAUACUUGUAAGAUAAGGUUCUUUAGCUGUAUAUUUAGAGAUUCUCCCCCCCCCCUCCACGAGUAGAAUUUU